AUGCAAGGAACUCCAGAUUUAGAUGAACCUAUUAUAGGUAAUGCUUAACAAGCAUGGGGUAAAUUAAUAUCUUUGAAUGGUGGCAAAAUAAAUACAUAAGAAUUAUGUGAUGAAGAAGUAAUAUUAGAAGUUUAUUAUUAGAUAACAAUGGGAAGAUCAGAUACUAAUAAAAUUGUAAUAUGUGAUAGCAGAUUGUCUGGACUACAUUGUAAAAUAAAAUGGGAUUCUGUUAAUAAUAUAGCUUAAUUGUUAGAUUUAUCAACAAAUGGAACAUUUAUAGGAGAUUAAAAGAUUGGAAAAAACAAUGAAAUUAUGUUAAAGAAUGGAGAUGAGAUUUAUUUAUUACACAAAAGUAAAGUUCCUAUUUCAGAUAUAAUUGGAUUUACAUUAGUUAUUUAAUAAGUAAAGGAAGUUAAAAUGGCGGCUUAAUUUGAUGAAUAACAACAGAAAAAAAUGUAAACUCUCGAAGAUAUGCAAGAAGAUAUACAUUGUCCAAUAUGUGAUGAUUUAAUAUUUUAAUGCGUUUCCUUGAUGCCAUGUCUUCACAAUUUUUGUGGUGCUUGUUUCUCUGAUUGGAUGGUUAAAUCUAAAACUUGUCCAUCUUGUCGUAAAGAUGUAUAAACUGUUAAUAAAAAUCCUAUGGUCAAUAAUUUUGUAGAAAAAUAUCUAAUAAUGCAUCCUGAUAAAAAAAGAUCACCUGAAGAAUAUAAAGAGAUGGAUUCAAAAAAUAAAAUUAAAGGAGAUGCACUAAUUUUUAAUUCAUCUGAAUCAAUAUCUAUUGUUUAACCUAUUACAAAUGUAGCUCCAGCUAGAGGACGAGGUAGACCUGCUGCAUCUUAAUAAGUUCCUAUUAUCUAAUAAGACAUUAAAAUAGAGACACAUAAGUAAUCUCAUAUCAGUGAUUACUCAGCUGAAGAAGAUGAUGGUCCUGUUACAAAAGAUUGUGUAACAUGUAUUAGAGCUAUUAAUGGAUAUUAAUGUUAAAGAAGAAGUGUUCCACAUUUAAAUUGUAGUAAUUGUUCAUCAAAAAUGCCAAAAUUUGGUAAUUAUGUUAAUCUAUUUAAUAUUAGAUUUAAAUGAAAAAAGAUUGAUAUUUAGAUGUGAAUUAUGUGAAAAUUUCUUUUGUACUCUCUAUAAUAAAAAUUGUUAAUAAUUAAGCAAGAAAAACCCAAAUGCUAGACUUGAAAGACAUACUGUACCUGGAAAUGUAGAUGUUUAAUGUUUUAGAUAAAAUCAAUUUGAAUUUUAAGCAUUUCUUGAUUAUAUGAAACAAAAAAAAUUGACAACACAAGAUAUCUUCUAAUAUAUGAUGGAUAAUCAUAUUAGUUAAGGAGGAUUUAGAUAUGUAGAAGGGAAAUUUACUCAUAAAGAUCCAAAAAGAACAAUAGAUAUGAUCAUUCUAAAAGAUACUGUAUUUAUAUUAUUAUUAUAAUUUAUUAGUCUGUUUGUAGUCAAUGUUUUGGUUUAAUUUGGCAAUAGAUUAUUUUUAGAUAUCGUAUUUCAAUUAAAGAUUAAAUGGUUGACAAAAUAAAAAAUAGAGGAUAAUGUUGGUUUGGAAUUAAUUGCAAAACAAUGACUCAUAAUCUAGCACAUGCUGAAAAAUUGGAUCAUAUAUGUGAAUAAACUAAAUUUUGA